ACUUCCUGGCGACCCAAUACAGCUCCAGGAAACAUGCAGCAGCCCCCUCGCCUCCAGCCACUUCGCAACAGUGCUACAGUGGUGUCUCUAAUAAAGACUUCAAGCUCUAACCAGAAGUGCCAUGUGCUGGGAUACGACCAGCAGUUUGCCACUGGGCAGGAGAGGACUGGGUUAAGACUUCUGAAUUCAGUGGAGUAUGUGACUGGUGUAUCCCCAUAUCAACUCCCUGCCAUCAACAACUACGUGAUGCCAGUGCCGCCUCCUCGCCUGCAAAACAGGGGCCCAAACGCAGAGGGGAAGGGGGUGCCCAGAGGGAGACGAUUUCAUCUCCCCACUGCACCCAGUGAUCCAGAGCAACUUCCAGCAAAGACCGCUGGAGGGAUCCCCCGGUCCUCGCCUCGCAGCAAUGCCCUCGUUACCAUGAUCUUCCUGGGAAAAAGCGUGCGUUUAUCUCACGAUGAUGCUGAUUACAGGGAUGAAAUCAAAGUCUAUCAGCAGCAUUGUGGAGGAGAGAACCUCUGUGUCUAUAAAGGCAGGCUGCUGGAAGGAGAGACCUUUCAGUUCGUCUCAAAGAGGCACCAUGGUUUCCCAUUCAGCCUCACCUUUUUUCUCAACGGGAUACAAGUGGACAGGUUGAGCUGCUGCUGUGAGUACAAGCAUCAGAAGUGCUCCAGGCUGGGAGGCAGACAUGGAUUCUUCGCGUUUCUCCAUGUGGAGGGAGCAUCUCCUUGCUACAGGUGCAUCAUUGCAAUGGGUCUGGACAAAAAGCCAUCCCCUCCCAAGAGGAAGGUAAAGGAGGACCAGUAUGAUGAAGAUUUUGAAGCAGAUGAAGAAGUUAAUGAAGAGGGACAGACCGAUGAUCAAAUGAAUGGAAUGUCAAAGUCAUCCUCAGAUGAUAAAAAACAUAAUUUAGAGUAUGAAAAUGAGAGCAAAACCUCAUCACAGGAAGUGCUGCAGGCCUCUGACAGCGAGGAGGGUGGAAGUGAUGGAUAUUCUGACAGUGACUCUGAGGAUGAUGAACAAG